AUGUCCAUCACUGACGAUGCAAGCAUGCAGCAGAUGUUCUAUAUUUAUCGACAAACUCGAUUUCACGUGCCGGUGAUAGAGCUGUACGUUGAGUUUGAACAACAGUCGGGGAUGGGUACGGUCGGCGACGAGGUCAAUGUUGAUGAGCUCGGGGAUAUAGAUUGGGAAGAAGAUAAUAAUGACAGCGAAGAGAAAUUCGAAGCUAACUAUGAAGUCGAUGACGAAAACGAUGAUGGAGACUUGGCAGGCAAUCCGGUGGUGCAGAAUGAGGCGUAUGCCAUUGUAAGCCAACACCCGUUUGGUGUUCCGUCUUUUAUGCAGACUCUAGAUCUCGAAGUCAUGCAUGCCCCAGAAUUUCCUGAGUAUGCGAAUACGGGUGAAGGCAACGUUGCGGCAGAAGAUGGCAAACAUUCUAUGCGAAAUGCAAGGGGGUAUGGUGUAGGGUGCGACUGGCUUAUCCGAGCUAGCUUGAUUCGAAAAAAAGCUUGUUGGGAGAGCAGGAGAUACAAUGGCAAGUACACGUGUACCAUGGGCACGAUUUCACAAGAUCAUCCCAAGUUGGACUCAGACACAAUUGCUGAUGCCAUUAGGCCGUUGGUCGAAGCAGACCCCUCGAUAAAGGUGAAGUCUGUUAUUGCAGAAAUUCAAGGUAGGUUCAACUACACUGUGAGUUACCGCAAGGCUUGGUUGGCAAAGCAGAAAGCUGUCGCAAAAGUUUUCGGUGAUUGGGAAGUUUCUUACCAGAUUCUUCCAGUAUGGUUGAAAGCAAUGACAGUGAAGAUGCCAAGGUCUCGUGUUCAAAUUAAAACGCUCCCUGUUUACCGUGAGAGUGAGGAGGUUCAAGGUGUUGAUGGCACGCACCUAUACGGAAAAUAUAAAGGUGCACUUCUGGUAGCGGUUGCACAAGAUGGGAAUCAAAACAUUGUGCCUAUUGCAUUUGCGAUUGUCGAGGGCGAGAAAGCAGACGCGUGGGAGUUUUUCCUAACCAAUUUGCGGAGAUAUGUUGUUACCAUUGAUGGUGUGGGUAUUAUUUCUGACCGCCAUACCUCCAUCGACGCUGCAAUAGCUCGCAGUAACGGUGCAUGGUUACCACCAAGGGCGUAG